GGUAGAGGAAGCAGAAAGCGGAGGGAGUGCCCUGUGCUCCAGUACCGUUACUACCAAAGAGAGGAGCUCCGGCCGGGCUCGGCAUUGACUGAAGGAGGAUUUGAGGAGACAUUGCCGCAUGAGGAGAGCAGCGCCUUGUGUCUUCGUUUUCCCUUAGCCUCGCUCCUUUGUUUUUCUUCCCAAGCUCCUCCGCUCUCUAUGUAAUCACGCCGUGUCUGUCCUAGAUUCGCUUUUUAAUCUAAUUGUACCUCAUUUCCCUUCGUAUACAUUCUCUGGCUUGCUGCUGCACUAAUCUCUGCCAUUCACUCAUACUACCCUGUCCUCCACCCCUGUCUUCUUCUCCCCGUGUCCUUCAUGUCCUUUCUCCUAUAGCAUUGCACCUUUGAUAUGUCAAUUCUGUUAACUUAAUCCCAUUAUUUGCCAUUUUAUCCAUUCUUUUUUUUUUGCAUGCUCAAUUUGCCUUGGUCUCUUAUCUCGCUGCUGUGUAGCCUGUAUCCCUAUACCUAUAGAAAUAUAUGCCUCUAUUAUAACCUUACCUCCUCCCCUACUCCCUCUUGCUCCAGGGAGGGGAGGUGCGAUGAUGCAGAGGAAGGUGAAGCCCCCCUCGGGGGUGGGAUCAGGCCGCUCAGCGGAACUGCGCGUCUUUCGCGGCAAUAGCGCUGUCCACGAAUCCCGCCUGCCCGGAGUGCCUCUCAGGCGCCAACGCUCCCUCACCAAUCUGUCCGUGUUGACGGAUGCCGAGAAGAAGCUUCGUCUUUGCGGACCGGACUGGUGCGAUGAUUUGUCCGCUGCCACGUCCGCCAAGAACCUUACCACGGCCCCGGCGUCCCCAGCUAUGUCUAGAGCUCUUUCCCGCUCGGAACACUCUCUGCUUCAGCCGCGGACACCUAGCCGAAUUCCACGGGGGCCCUACGCCGAGGUUAAGCCGCUCAGUAAAACGACGGACUCUGGUGGUCCUUCUGCAGAAGAUUCUUCGAAAGAGGCCAGCGAUGACAAGAAGACUUUUCUGAAAGUGGACUCGGAGCUGGUGGUGACCGUUUUAGGCGAUUUGGAGCAACUCCUCUUCAGCCAGAUGUUGGAUCCUGAGACUCAGAGGAAACGAACUGUUCAAAAUGUCUUGGAUUUGAGGCAAAACUUAGAGGAAACCAUGUCAAGCCUACGAGGUUCUCAGGUAACACACAGUUCCUUAGAUAUGCCUUGCUACGACAGUGAUGAUGCCAACCCUCGCAGUAUUUCCAGCCUCUCCAAUCGUUCUUCACCUGUAUCCUGGCGUUAUGGACAGGCUAGCCCACGGCUGCAAGCUGGGGAAGCUCCUUCUCUUGGUGGUUGUCGCUCAGAAAGUGGUGGAGGAAGCUGGCAGUUUUCGCACACAAUGCCACUGCGUGCAGGCACAAGAAUUUGCAGCAUUACCCAACGUUUAGAGCUGAUGGAAUCUGCGGAUCGUGAUUUAAAAUCUGGUUAUGGAAGCGACAGUGACUGCCACCUGGGAAAGGAGACAUCACAUGAGGAUGAUGACAUUAUAACUAGCUGGGACGAGAGCAGCUCUAUAAGCAGUGGCCUGAGUGAUGCAUCAGGGAAUCUCAGUUCAGAAGAGUGCAACGCCAGCUCUUCACUCACUUCCCUUCCCUCCACACCCACCACGUCCAGACGGAGCUCCACCAUUGCUCUCCGCACAGAUUCUGAAAAGCGCUCAUUAGCAGAAAGCGGACUGAGCUGGCAUAGUGAACCAGAAGAACGGGGAUCACGCAGGAUGGAGUAUGAUAGUGGUAGCCUAAAGUCAGAGCAUGGAUCAUCUCGAUGGCGGCGGGAGAGGUGUGAUGAUGCUCAAAAAUCAGAGACUAAGAAGCCUGUAACGCUUGGCCAGCCACUGCGUAAAGGAAAAAAUCCACCAGUUGGUGUGACUUCCCCAAUUACCCACACUCCCACUGGAACGGCCACUCAAAAAGGAGGAGGAAGCGGAGGUGGUGGAGGUAAACCAGAGCAGAAAGCAACUGACAAAUCUAAGCUCAGCUUAAAAACUGCUGGACUGCAGCGGUCUUCUUCUGAUGCUGGACGAGAUCCACGUUCACCAGAUGCUAAGAAACCCCCCUCAGGCAUUGCUCGCCCUGCAUCAUCUUUCGGCUACAAAAAGCCUGCUGCACCAUCUUCCCCUCUCACUGGCAAUUCUGCCACAUUAGGCAAAACUCCCAAAUCCUCAGGAAUCCCCGUAAAGCCCACAUCUGGCACCGUAAGUGGAAAUCGGAAGACAAGCUUGGAUGUUUCCGGUGCAGCAGAGCCUGGCUUUCUUUCACCCACUGCUCGCACCAAUAUACAGUACCGCAGUCUUCCUCGCCCUGCCAAAUCUAGCUCCAUGAGUGUUACUGCAGGCAGGAGCGGCAGUCGGCCACUCAGUAGCACUGUGGAUGCAAGCCUUGUGCCAGUACACGGAAAGACAGUGGGGACUUCUAGUUCUCGCUUGAAAGAACCAUCCAAAGUUGCCGGUGGUCGACUAGGUGUUAACCAGACAGAUCGUGAAAAAGAGAAGGCGCGUGCCAAAGCUGUAGCUCAAGACACAGAAUCUCGGACAAGUACGCCAAAUCCAGUAGAACCAACUGUGAAUAGUGUAAAAGACGGCACGCCAACUACACCUCACAGGGCAAUAACCAAACCUUUCAUGAAGACUCCAACGUUAUCUAAUCUGGACAAAAUGAACUCUAACAGCCUAGAUUUUACACCCUCUGUUACAGACGUGGCACCAACCAAACAACAUGAACUUCCCUCAGGCGUUGCCUGCCUCACUCCAAGUCCAGCUCCGAUUCUGAAUAUAAACUCUGCCAGCUUUUCUCAGGGUCUAAGUAAUCUUAGGAUGUAUCCUAAACUCUCGGCCUUACAUCGUAGCAUGGAGUCACUUCCGCUUUCUAUUAGUGUUCCACCUGUACAAUUUAGUGAAGAUGGGGAAGAUCAAAUUCCUGACACUGGGUGGAAUGAUAUGUCCCUCAAAUCACCUGCACCUGAGAACACUAUCCAGGAUAGAAACACAUUGCCCAAAAAAGGGCUGAGGUACCAGUCACAUCAUUCUCAAGAGGAACCCAAGGAAAGGCGACAUUCACACACAAUUGGAGCAAUUCAAGAUAAUGAUGAUUUAUCACCUCUACCCCCACCACUCGCACUAACUAAUGUUGGCAAACCUCCAUUAGCAUGCUUAGUGAGCCCAUCAUCUGCUCCUCGUAUUGCUCGAUCCAGCAGUAUUCCAGCUCACGACUCUUCUUUUGAGCUUUUUAGCUCCUCGAAUCUGGGAAGUUCAUUAUCACUUGCUGACAGACCCAAAGGAACAAUGACUAGGUCUGGCUCAUUUAGAGAUCCCGCUGAUGAUGUUCACGGUUCUGUUCUGUCACUGGCAUCAAGCGCAUCGUCGACAUACUCUUCUGCUGAGGAAAGGAUGCAAUCGGAGCAAAUCCGCAAGCUGCGGAGGGAACUGGAAUCAUCACAGGAAAAGGUUGCAGCUCUGACGUCACAGCUGUCUGCCAAUGCAAACUUAGUUGCAGCAUUUGAACAGUCUUUAGUGAACAUGACCUCCAGACUUCGUCUGCUUGCUGAUACUGCACACGAGAAGGACUCUGAACUUGUCGAACUGAAAGAUACAAUUGAAUCACUAAAAUCCAAGAACUCUGAGGCACAAGCUGUCAUCCAUGGGGCCUUAAACCCUCAAGAUCAUCCACCUAGGGAGCUGCGAAUUAGGCGCCAGAAUUCUUCUGAUAGCAUCUCCAGCCUAAAUAGCAUUUCCAGUUACUGCAGUGCCGGAAGUAUCAAGGAUAUUGAGGCCAAAAAGAAGAAGAAAAAGAGUUGGCUGCGUAGCUCUUUUAAUAAAGCAUUCAAUAUGAAGAAGGGGCCCAAGUCAGCCAAUUCUUAUUCUGAUAUUGAAGAAACAGCUACUCCAGAUUCAUCUGCGCCAACCUCUCCAAAACAGCAGCAAGGGCCUCCAGGUCCACCAUCACCUUCAAUGCUCUCAUCACCAUCAUCUUCUGUCAUAUUUGAGACUCAAGAAGGGGAAGAGCCAGAAAAGAGAGAAGUGUCAGAAUUGCGUUCGGAAUUGUGGGAAAAAGAGAUGAAGUUAACUGACAUCCGUCUGGAAGCACUUAACUCUGCACAUCAGCUGGAACAACUACGGGAAACUAUGCAUAAUAUGCAGCUUGAAGUUGACCUUUUGAAGGCAGAAAAUGACCGCUUGAAAGUAGUGCCAGCACCUGGUGGUAACCAUCCAUCUUGCCUAUCCCCACGGCGUUCCUUAGCCUUGACUCUCACGCAAUCUUUAGGAAUUCCUCCAUCAUCCGAUACAGAUCUCUCUCCAAUGGAUAGUAUAAAUGGCUCUCUUCAGAGGGAAGUGACACUCCGUGCUGUUAUAAGAGUUCCCCCACAGCAUAUUAUUAAGGGGGAUCUGAAACAGCAGGAGUUCCUCUUGGGUUAUGUAAAGCUUAGUAACAAAGUGGACUGGAAAAGUCUGGAUGAAGCUGUGUGCCAAACCUUUCAGGACUAUGUAAGUCAGGUUGAUCCAGGAGCUACCCUGGGCCUUGGCAAGGAUUCUUUGAGUGGAUACAACCUCGGACACAUAUCUAGGACUCUGGAUGCACAAGCACCUGAAAUGCCUCCUUCUAGAAAUUUGCGAAACAUCACCAAUGUUAUCUUACACUUAAAAGGUCUGAAGGAAAGAUGUGUGGACCUGUUGGUGUUUGAAUCACUCAUCCCGAAGCCCAUGCUUCAGCAUUAUGUUAGCUUGUUGUUGAAACAUCGAAGGCUGCUGUUAUCUGGUCCUAGCGGCACAGGGAAGAGCUUCCUGGCACAUAGACUGGCUGAAUAUUUGGUGGAGAGGUCUGGGCGAGAGGUUACUGAUGGCAUUGUUACUGCCUUCAACAUGCACCAGCAGAGCUGCAAGGAUCUGCAACUAUUCCUCUCUAACUUGGCUAACCAGAUUGACAGAGAGACUGGGCAAUGUGAUGUUCCAUUAGUGAUCUUACUGGAUGAUGUGUGUGAAGCUGGAGCCAUUAGUGAGUUGGUGAAUGGGGCCCUGACCUGCAAAUACCAUAAGUGCCCUUACGUCAUUGGAACAACCAAUCAGCCAGUGAAAAUGACCCCAAACCAUGGUUUGCACCUAAGUUUCAGGAUGCUAACUUUCUCCAAUAAUGUGGAGCCAGCAAAUGGAUUCUUAGGUCGGUAUUUGCGUCGGAAGCUACUGGAAUCUGAAGGCAGCAUUGGGACUGGACAUGAAGAGUUACUCAGGGUUCUUGACUGGGUGCCUCGUCUGUGGUACCAUCUACACACCUUCCUGGAGAAGCACAGUACCCCAGACUUCCUUAUAGGUCCAUGCUUCUUCUUAUCCUGUCCAAUUGGAAUUGAAGAUUUUCGUGUGUGGUUUAUUGACCUGUGGAACAACUCUAUUAUACCAUACCUUCAAGAAGGUGCCAAGGAUGGAACCAAGGUACAUGGACAGAGGGCUGUAUGGGAGGACCCUGUUGAGUGGGUUCGAGGCACAUUGCCUUGGCAUUUGGCACAACAGGAUCAAUCAAAGUUGCUACAUCUACCACAACCCAGCACGGGAACUCACAUCUCUGCCUCCCCUCCCAGGGAACUAAUUGUGAAGGAAUCUCCUCCAGCGUCUUUAGAAUCGGAUCCUCUGAUGGCAAUGCUAUUAAAACUUCAAGAGGCUGCCAACUACAUUGAGUCUCCAGACAGAGAAACCUUGUGUGACAGUGACCUCACUUCUACCAUCUGAAUGCCAAUAGUCUGGCAUUUCAGGGGAGAUAUCCCAUUCAAUAACACCCAUACCCACAAGAAAUGGUGAAACUGGAAGUUCAGUCUUGAGAGAGCAAGAUUGGAGCAUCUCAGAACUGAGUUUGGACUCGCUUUAUUACCUUUGAUUCUACUUCAAUAAUUAUGCUGCCCUACUUUGAAAACAGAAGGAGGAAUCUUACAACACAUUUAAAUGUGGAUUUUUAUUUCUAAUCUUUUUUCUUCAUACUACAGGUUUGAAGAGGAAAGUGGACUUCUUUUGCAAUUAUAAAUUGUUUCCUAUAAGUUAAGUUCAUUUCUAAGGCUUCAUUACUUGCAACCAAUUAAUCUCCACAUAUAGUGUUUUCUUCGCCAAGGACGAAAGUGGUAGACAGUUAUAUGUGGAUGGGAUAUGGGAAUGGAGGGUUUUUCUUUUUAAGACUGUUAAUAGUGUAACUGUACUUCCUGGGCGCAACUUAAUUUCAGAUGGAUUCACAAACGAUCAUUCUGAUGCUACUGUAGAUGUGACAUUCAUGUGUCAGAAUUUUUGGUCAACACCCAUCUCAGAAGUGUGCAGUGCAUUCCUACCGCCAUCUGCAUUCCUCAUACCAUCCAUGUGUGGGAAAUCCAUUUGCCUUUUUGUCCCCCUAAACUUUUCUCAAUUCAGAAUGCAGUAGCAUGCCAGACAUUGCAUUCUGAGAUUUUCUUUACCAC